AUGGGUAAACUGACACUGAUCCUAUUGCUAACGACCUGCAUAGCCGGGUCGCUACAGACACCCAUGGGCUCUCAAACUACCGACGCCUUGAUUGACUACAUUAAUAGUCUGGACACCACAUGGAAGGCAGGUAAAAACUUUGACGACUCGUACCCCAAACGAUACUUGAAGGGACUGUUAGGCGGACGCCGGCGCUCCACUCCGUACGCCAAACAGCCGGCUGUGAGCGAUGAGCUCGAGAUCCCGGAGUCGUUUGACGCCCGACAACAGUGGCCCGACUGCCUGUCCAUUAAGGAGAUCCGAGACCAGGGAUCGUGCGGUUCCUGUUGGGCAUUUGCUGUGGUAGAGGCCAUCUCUGACCGCAUAUGUAUCGCAUCUAAAGGCAAACAACAGGUGGAGGUGUCGGCCGAGAACCUACUGGCCUGUUGCAGCUCGUGUGGGGACGGGUGUGAGGGUGGUUUCCCUGAGUCAGCAUGGUCGUACUAUAAAAACACUGGUCUAGUAUCGGGUGGUCUAUACCAGAGCAAAAAGGGCUGUCAGCCCUACUCGAUCAACGCGUGCGAACACCACGUGACCGGAAAGUUACCCCCUUGUGAUAAGGAGUUGAGACAAACCCCUAAGUGC